AUGACGCGAGUCAACCCUUUAACCCUAUCAGACAGUCAAUAUGCCAAAAAGGCUAUCCAUUACAUCGAAAUGUUAAACAGUUUACGACGACUUGGUGCCCACCAUGCUGUUGAUUUGCCGACUGUUGUGUUCUGUGGUAAUCAGUCCGCGGGAAAAAGUAGCUUAUUGGAGGCUAUUUCCGACGUACAGUUGCCACGCUCAGACGGCACAUGUACUCGAUGUGUAAUGGAAAUCCGUCUUAUGGAUUCCAAAAACCGGUGGGAAUGCCAGAUCAAACUGAGAAAAGAAUACGACAACAACGAUGAUAAAAAAUUAUCACGCCCAGAAGAAUUCAAAUUCGGUGAUAUUAUCAUCGACAAAGCCAAUGUAGAACUAAUGGCAAGACGAGCGCAGAAAGCUCUGCUUAAUCCUACGAGAAAUUGGACUGAAUAUCUCAAUUGGACCUUCUCAACAAGCAAUGAGGUCGAUGCGAGGCAGAACGAAAUAAAAUUCACGAAAAAUGUUGUAUGCUUGGAAAUAAAAGGUCCUAAAGUACCUAAUUUGAGUCUAAUCGAUUUGCCUGGGAUUAUUAGGCACACUGAAAAUAAACAAGACGAAAAGUUUAUCACGAUAAUCCAGGACUUGGUAGAAUAUUAUAUUGGAAAGGAGAAAUCUAUCAUCAUCGCGACUAUUUCCUGUAAAGAUGAAAUCGACAAUCAGGCAAUUGUCGGACUAGCAAGGAAAGUCGAUGAAUUCGGGAUCAGAACUCUAGGCGUCCUUACAAAACCAGAUACGAUCGAAGUCGGUGCCGAAAACCAAUGGUUAAAAAUAAUGUGCGGUGAAGCACAUAAACUCGAAUUAGGAUACUAUAUUGUGAGAAAUCCUCCGCCAAAAGAACUCCAAAGAGGAAUUACUUUUGAAGAGGCACGAAAAGCGGAAAAAGAAUUCUUUGCAGGAUCAUGCACUUGGCAUCAUUCUCAUUUGCAACCCAGAAUUGGCGUAGAAAAAUUGCGUGGAAAGUUAAGUGAACUCCUUAUAAAAGCUAUUGAAAGAGGGCUUCCUUCAAUCAAAAAAGAUGUUGAAGAUCAACUUAAUAAGGCUCGAAGUGAACUGGAAGAAUUGCCUGAUCCCAUAUCCGAAAACUCACGUGUCGAACUUUACCGCCUAGCCAAAAAAUGUGCAACUAUGAUAAAAGAACAAACAACAUGCUCGAAUAAUAAAAUGAGUCUCUGGCAAGAGAUCAACGAAGAAUUGAAAAGUUUCAAAAUCGAGCUUUGCAGUACACGGCCAAUCUUCGUCGUCGGCAAAAACAAAGGCAAACACGGGCUCGAUGAUGCAAAAUUUGACGUUUUGAAAGAAUUUGUGGAUCCAGGAAAUGUGGAUCCAAGAAAAUUGGAAGAAAAUAAACAUGAUUUUAGUCGGAAGGAAACCGAGAAGCUUCAAGAAAUUACAGAGGCGGAUAUUCGGCGCACAAUUAUGAUUGCUAAAGGAAGACUGUUGCCAGGAUUCAUACCGUAUUCUUCUGCAUUAAUGCUGAUACGCGAUUUUCAAAAGAACUGGAAAACCCCUGCGUGUCAUUGUUUGAAUAACAUCCAUCACAUUAUGAGUAGGCUGGUUGACAAAUCAAUUCAAGAGACAUUUGGUAGAUUUCCGAUGCUCAUCGGAAUUAUGAAACAAAACGCCAUGAUCUGGCUGGAUACGUGCAAAAACGAAACUAACAAACGACUUGAAUUUAACGUACUCAUGGAAAACUCGUAUCCAUUCACUUUGGACGAAGGAACCAUGUCAAAAGGAAAACUCACAUACCUUGCAGCCCUCCAAGAAGCGGUUCAGAUCGAUGGCGAUCGGCAACCAUCCGACUACUUGGAGGUAAUCGCUGCGGUGAUGGCCUAUUUCAAACUAUCCUUCAAACGAUUCGUUGAUUCCGUUGCGAUGACCAUAGCAUAUGCAUUCGUCGACGAGUAUCCCAAACUAAUAGAAGAAAAGUUAUUGGCGCAAAUUAUAGAAGGCGAGAAUGGAAAAGUGAUGGAUGUCAAUGAACUGAUAGCGGAAGAUAGCUCUAUUGCUGUUGCUCGUGAAGAACUGUUGCAACGCGAAAAACAUAUGAGGGAGCUAUUAAAUGAUUUGGUGCGGUUUGGGAUUUGA